ACGCCUCAGCCAACUCUUCACAGCAGCAGCAGCAGCAGCAGCAGCAGACUCAUCUCAGGACGGUCAACAAGAACUACCUCCCUCCCUCCCUCCCUCCCUUCCUCCUAACUACAACCAUCUUUACCAUCCAAAACACAAAACCCCGUCUUCGUCUUCGUAUCCCUUCCUUAUCCCAACAUGUCCAGCUCAACAACUAGGACCAUCACAACCGAUCGUCGUCACAUCGAUCCCAACCCUGACAGACUACAGCUCAUCUCCUCAUCGUCAUCAGUAGCAGCAGCUUCAGCUUCAACUAACAUCCUACCAGCAGUCAAACCCACCUCACUCCUCCUACUCAGUACCAGUGCCGAGGCGGCAGUAGCUGAGAGCAAACGAUUCGAACGAAGCUCCCGUCACUCCUCGCUCUCCAACAGCUUAGGAUCACCCCCCAACCAGAACAGCAACCAGUUCAUCAACAGACAUCACCACAAGUUUCGUCCUUCCUCACCACCCUCCCCAUCCUCCUCAUCCACCUCAUCCUCAUCGAUUCUCAACCACCACCACCACCACCAUCACCCUCACCAUCUCAACCAUCACCAUCUAACCCAUCCCAGGAACCUCUCCCAAUCCCCACUCAGGAACCACCAUCAGCAGCGUAUCCACCAUCGACACACCGAGGCAGUCGCACUCCAAAACAACCAUCAUCCUGCUCUAUCUGCCACCUUGUCUAACAGUAAUCAUCAUAAUCUGACAAGCUCUAACAACGGUACCAGCAACAGCAACAGGCGUGAGCCAGCCAAGACUAACCAGUUGUUCAAGUGUGAGAAGUGUCUCAAGGUUUAUAGACACCCACAAUGCCUAGUCAAGCAUCGCUGGGAACAUACCGAGUACUGGGCUGAUGCCUCUAAAUUAAUGUUGAGCAAGCAUCAACAAGUGCAAAUGUUAGAGGCGGCUGCGAUUUUAGCGGCACCAUCCGGCAGUUUACCCGAGUCAAGAUCGUUAUGGCCUGCUGCGGUUUCCUCAUCUGAGGCCGGCCUCCUGGGCUCGGACCAAGUGAACUUGGAAGUGAUUUAUUCUCAACAAGCAGCUCGGGCGGUCAGCAAUCCCCACCACCAUUACCGCUCCUCAUCAACCUCCUGUGUUCUCUCGCGCGAGUCACGGGAAAACACGGAUGUUGAAAUGAACGAGGAUGUUGGUAAACGAGGAUCGGUCGAGGACGAACGGGGUUCGGAGGCACCCGGCGAGGAGGGGGAAGAUGAGAUCAUGUUUUCGAUGUCGCUUGAUGGCGAAGAGAGUUCUUGCUCGAACGCCGGUCAGACUGGCCGGGCUAAGCAGCGAAUCGAGGGGCGCGGGGGAAGUGUACGGAGCAGUAGCAUCUCCUCGUCGGUUUCUGGGCGACCACCAAUCGGCUACUUCGAGCGCCGGAACCCACAAUCAGUCUCCAGUGUAGUCUCAAACUUGGGCUCCUUGGAACGCUCGGCCUCGUCCAGCUCGGCCUCGAAGGGGCGGCUGGUCGCCUCCCUUCCGGCCAUGGUCGCCUACCAGCCUGCUGUGGACACACGUCACCAGGCCAACCGGUUCGUUUACCAUGCCUCCGAGUCGAUCUUCAAGCCCAUGACACCCUACCAAGAUAGCCAGCUCCGCUUCGAAGGCCGGAACCACUUCCAUCCCGAGCUUGUCGACGACGAACAAUUCCCACCUAACCCUUCCUCCGCUACCGCUGCCGGACCUGGUUCUUCUACGAACGCUAACGAUAAACCGUCGAUAGAAGACGAGUCUACCACCGAAGAAGAGGACGACGAUGACGACGAUGAUGGCUGGUCUCCUUCCACCGAAAGAGAACGCGAACGAGUCGAGGGCGAUGAAGUAGUCGGGAUGGAACUUUAAACCUUACCCCGUCCACUUUUUCCCCAUCUACCUUCCUUUUGAAAUAUACAUAUUUCACAAACUCUUGAACUCUCAAUCUCAUUCGCUAUCUAUUCUUUCCUUUUAUCACUUCUUUAAAUCCACCGGUCGAUUCUUUUUCUUCUCUAUCAUCAACGUAUAUAAUACAAAUGGGCGGAUGUAUCUUGAUAUAUACAAUCACAACACAUGGAUAUAAAAAAUCACCACUAACAAACACCGGUAUCUACGCAUACAUCUCCUUACAAUUAUAUUAUAGAUAGAUUUUCAAGAAAGAAAAAAUGACCGAGUUUUCUUCAUCUUUAUCUUUUUCUUCAAUUUUCUUCCUUCCUCCCCAUCCUCUUCUUUGAAGACAACAUCCAUCCAUUCCUUCAUCUAUCUAUCUAUAUAUAUAUAUUGUUUAUCACCCCUUCCUUUCUUUCUUUCCCUAUCUUGAAGCUACUACUUCUACUACUCUAGAGGACACUAGUUGUUGUUUAUUGAUCAUGGUGGACUUGGAUCCCUUCUUUUUUCUUCCUCUCCUCUUCUCCCCCUUGUUGUUGUUGUUGUUGCUCCUUUCCUUUUUUUGUCGAUGUGUUUGUGUCUCUAGAUUGAAAAAAAAAAACAUAGGUGGUUGUGUGUAUAUUGUGAUUGUGAAUAUUUAUAUAUUUAAAAAUGUGUGUGUGUGUCUGAUUGUGUUGUAGUCUUUCCUUUUUUUUUCCUCUUCUUCUCUCUUUCAUUCUUUUUUGACUUAGUUGUUGUUGUUGCCUGUUUGUUUGUUGUGCUUUGUUGUGACUGAAUAAUAAAAAAAAUUGAAAUAAAAUCAAAUUAGUGAA